UUUAUUGAAAACUUUGCAAUUCUUGUGCGCGCUCCUCGUUACCGGUGCUCACAUCAUCUACUCCGUGGGCUCCAGUGACGUCACUCACGAGAAAUACAUUCGAGGACCAGCACCACUUGCCGCUAAACGGGGGUGAGCCAACACUUGUCUUCAACCCCAUGAGAAGUUUUAUCCGACCAAUGGGAAUCGCUGAUGCUGCCGUGCGCCGCCCAUUGCGAGAUCCUCACUGAGCGCGGACGAGGAGACCGAGGUAUUAAGAGGACUUUGAAGAUGGUACCGGCACACUGUUGCUCGUCUCCUUAAAGACAGCGAACCGUCAAUCAGUCACGAAGUUGUCUGUCGCGUCGCGCGAGAUAUUAAAAAAUAAAUUUCACCGAUAAACAAAACUAACAAAUCUCAUCACUAUUUUGCAAAUUCUUAGUUUGUCACAAAAGUCAUUAUGAGUGGGUCAGGGAAAAGUCUUCUCGGAGUGUGGCUGUACAGAAGAGGCGAAAGUUGGGCUGUUAAGGAAGGAAGUCCGCUACAUAAAUCACGCGACAUCCCCGAGAGUGAGAAUAAUCCAACUAAUGACAAUAAGAAUUCUGUGAUAUUUUCCCUAAAGAAUCAAGUUGGUGGUUUGGCACGAGCACUUCAAGUAUUUCAGGAUUUAGGAAUAAACGUUGUGCACAUCGAAUCAAGAAAGUCCACGCGCCGCGGUUCCGAGUACGAUAUCCUCGUGGAUGUCGAGUGCGACCCGAAGAGGAUGGAGCAAUUGAUGAAGCUACUAAGCCGCGAAGUAGCAGCUAUCAAUCUCUCCCAUUACGAGCAGAUUGGAAAUAUACCACGCAUGCCUUCUCUUUCGACCGCAGCAAGUUUUGAUUUUAGCGAGGUAGACAUGCCCUGGUUCCCGAGGAAGAUAUCGGAUCUCGAUCAAGCGCAGAAAGUUCUCAUGUACGGAUCGGAAUUGGACGCGGAUCAUCCCGGUUUCAAAGAUCCUGUGUAUCGUAAACGCCGCGAGGAAUUUGCCGAUAUUGCUUACAAUUACAGGCAUGGUCAACCGAUACCGAGAGUGCAAUACACGCCGGAAGAGAUCAACACAUGGGGAACUGUUUUUCGUGAACUGCACCAACUCUAUCAAAAAUACGCGUGCAAAGAAUAUCUGGAAAAUUGGCCGAAGCUAGUCAAGUAUUGCGGAUACAGAGAAGACAACAUACCACAGCUGCAGGAUAUAAACGUUUUUCUGAAGCGAACGACAGGAUUUCAACUUCGCCCAGUCGCGGGUUAUCUGACACCGCGGGAUUUCCUCGCCGGCCUCGCUUUCCGAGUGUUUCAUUGCACUCAAUACAUUCGACACUCUUCCGAUCCAUUUUACACACCAGAACCAGAUUGCUGCCACGAAUUACUGGGCCAUAUGCCGCUGCUUGCGAAUCCAAGCUUUGCGCAAUUCUCUCAAGAACUCGGUCUGGCUUCCCUCGGCGCGUCGGACGAAGAUAUAGACAAACUGGCGACCUUGUAUUUCUUCACGGUGGAAUUCGGACUAUGCAAACAAGACGGUAUGCUACGCGUUUACGGGGCCGGUCUGCUGUCAUCGGUAGCGGAAUUGCGACACGCGGUUACCACCCCCGAGAAGACCAUGAGAUUCGAACCGGACAUCACUUGCAAGCAGGAAUGCAUUAUCACAGCAUUUCAGAAUGCCUACUUUUAUACGGACAGUAUAGAAGAGGCAAAAGAGAAAAUGCGUGCAUUUGCGAAUCAGAUUCAACGUCCCUUCGGAAUACGUUACAACCCGUACAUCCAGUCGGUGGAGGUGUUGACGGACGCCCAGAAGAUCACAGCGGUAGUUAGCGAACUGCGGGGCGAUCUUUGUAUAGUAUCAAACGCUUUGAGAAAGAUCCAUGAACAGGACGAUACCGUGGAUGUCGAAAGGAUAACAAACCUGCUGACUCAUGGCAUAGAGUUGCCGCAAGACAACUCAUCCUCAGACAGCGACAAUAGUCCUAACGCCGAGGAUACUCGUUCUCGGGGAGAUCAACAAAUGCAUCGUGCUGAAGAUGUUAACAUGAAGAAUUAAAUGAUAUCAUCAUUAGUAUCUCUCGCCUAUUUAAUCCUAGGAAUCCGUCUUAAUCUUAAAAAAAUCUGCUUAAAAAGUUUAGAAAUGAAUUCCAACACAGAAAUCUCUUUGCUGUCUUACAAUCUUACUGUCAAAAAAUUUAGAAUUGCAGACAUAGGUAUAAAAUCUAAAGAUAUAAUUAUUAUGUGGAGCGAACCUAUAAAAUAGUAAAAAGCUUUAUGUAGAUAUAAUAGAUAAAUUCUCGGUAAAAAUAUAAAUUGGAACAUAAAUUGAAUAUAAGACGAGAAACAGAAACAUAAACUAUUAGAAAGCGUAAAUUAGAAUAAUAAAAUUCUUCUAGUUAACAUUUUAUAAAAUAUUCGUUUAUUUAUAUUAUUUUCCCCUUAUAUUGCACUUAUUCUCCAAUCUUUUGUUACAGAUUAAAAGCAAAUUAUCUUUAUUUAUUUAAUUCGCCUGCCUAAAAAUAAAAAUAUUGGUAACAUAAAUAAUACAAACAAUUUAAAAAUACAAAUACAUAAAA